CUGCUUUGGUCCUAAAAUCAUCAGGAGAAUGAUUGUAUGCGUUUUAGUUGCACCGCACGGUCACACAGCUCACAUAACGUUGGCGAGGACCAGAACUUUCUCCAGACAUGUCCGUGAGAGAGUCCUUUAACCCCGAAAGCUAUGAGCUGGACAAAAACUUCAGGCUCACACGCUUUGCUGAGUUAAAGGGCACAGGCUGCAAGGUGCCCCAAGAUGUGUUACAUAAGCUGCUGGAGUCUCUACAAGAGAACCACUUUCAAGAGGAUGAACAGUUCCUCGGAGCAGUCAUGCCUCGAUUAGGUAUAGGUAUGGACACUUGUGUGAUCCCCCUCAGACACGGAGGCCUUUCUCUGGUCCAAACAACUGAUUACAUCUACCCUAUUGUGGAUGACCCCUACAUGAUGGGUCGAAUUGCAUGUGCCAAUGUUCUCAGUGACCUGUAUGCGAUGGGAGUGACGGAGUGUGACAAUAUGUUGAUGCUUCUUGGAGUCAGCAACAAAAUGUCAGAAAAGGAGAGAGACAAAGUCAUGCCACUCAUCAUCCAAGGAUUCAAAGAUGCAUCGGAGGAGGCGGGCACGUCUGUGACAGGAGGACAGACUGUACUCAACCCCUGGGUGGUGAUGGGAGGAGUUGCCACCACUGUGUGUCAGCCCAAUGAAUUUAUCAUGCCAGACAAUGCAGUGCCAGGAGAUGUGUUGGUGUUGACCAAGCCCCUGGGAACACAAGUGGCUGUUGCAGUGCAUCAGUGGCUUGAUAUUCCUGAGAAGUGGAAUAAGAUCAAGUUGGUGGUAACCCAGGAGGAUGUAGAGUUGGCUUACCACGAAGCCAUGAUGAACAUGGCUCGGCUGAACAGGACAGCGGCUGGUCUCAUGCACACCUUUAAUGCCCACGCAGCCACUGACAUCACAGGGUUUGGAAUCCUUGGCCAUGCUCAAACGUUGGCACGACAGCAGCGAAGUGAGGUGUCGUUUGUUAUCCACAACCUCCCUGUGCUGGCCAAGAUGGCUGCGGUGUCCAAGGCCUGUGGCAAUAUGUUUGGACUCAUGCAUGGCACGUGUCCCGAGACAUCAGGGGGUCUGCUCAUCUGUUUGCCUCGGGAACAGGCCGCCCGAUUCUGUGCAGAGAUAAAAUCCCCCAAAUACGGCGAGGGCCACCAGGCAUGGAUCAUCGGGAUUGUAGAGAAAGGAAACCGCACUGCUCGUAUCAUUGAUAAACCACGGAUCAUUGAGGUGGCACCACAAGCCGCCACUCAGAAUGUCAACCCAACUCCUGGUGCAACUUCAUAAUCUUCCUUUUGGUGCAUCAUAGACCAGAACGUAAAAAUCGCUGCUGAGUGGUUUUUAGACACAACCUACCAAACCAUCCCAGAGUGUUUAAAUAUAUAAACAUAAUAGGUAUGUACACAAAACAGACUGGGUCGACGUGUAUCUACAUGGAAAACAGUCCCACCCAGUGGUCCAGAGGGGCAUCUUCUCACUGAGUGGACUCAGCCUACAGUGUCCCCAUGGUAAAGAUCAGUAAGAAAUAGAACAUAUUUCAAUUCAUUUGCUGUUCUGUCUGCUGUCUCCUGUUACGUUAAAUGUACUUGGAUGGCAGGAAAAUUCAGUUGAGAGUGUGAAGAUGAUACAGAUUUAAAACCUGACACUGUUGAUUCAGUUUGAAAGGAUGUGUGGUGUCUGUUGCCUCAUUGCCCUUUUUAAAAAUUGCUCUAAUGCAAAUGAUGAUAGGAUAGUGUUUUUUUUGUUGUUCUGUUCACUUUGUACAGUUAUAAAGCUUUGUUUUUAGUUCAUGACUUGAUGCCUUGAAAGAAAUUUAAGUGUGACUUCAAUGGGUUGUUUUUUGUUUUUAUUGCUUUGACUUUUUCUACAGUACCUAUAUGUAAAUUAAUACUCAAACAGAAGCUGGUUUGUUCCUGGCCAUGGUUUUGGGGUGUUGCACCAUUCAAAAUCAGUCAUUAAGAGGUUUCUUCUUUUUUAACAUAGACUUGUCAGGUUUAGAGGUAAAUCAUUGAUUUAAAAAUAUGAGAACCUGCUUCCAUAUUCCCAAUCAAAUGUCACAGUUAAUCAUUUUGGCAGAAAAUGCUUCAAGCACUCAUUACUGUUAUAAAGCAUCCACAUAAUUAAACUUGACCUUUUUUUGUUCAUCUUGGUAGCUGCGAUGAAUGUUCAUGUUGCCAUAUGGAAAGCCUUUGUAAAUCUUCAAAUGGGUAAUGGAAACAAGAUAACCCCCACCUAUUCGAAUAAAUUUCUUACAACAUA